UGACUCAGUAGAUCUGGGGAGGCAGCGUGUGACAGAUGUAGUUCUCCUUCAGAUCGCACUAUCACACUAGUGGCUCUCUGCCAUUGGCUCAGUGCAAUGGACCGGCAACAGGGUACUCUAUAAUACUAUGCCUGCCUGAGCCACCGAGAGCGAGGGGGGUGUGGGAUGCGUGCACCGAGUGGAAGUGUGCGGCUGCUGCUGCUACUGCUACUGCUGCUGGGGCUUUUUCUGUGAGCGAGGCGGCGGACUGAAGACGAGAGGGGAGAAGAGGAGAGGCGAGGAGCGGGGAAGAGACGAUGAGAAAUGCUUUGUGCACACAGCCUGCGCAGCUUUUACAUCGCAUGACUGGGACCUUCUGCGAGAGCUGCCGAGCGACCAAGACCCCCGCUUCUGCCUCUUGAGUAAAGGGAAGCGCAUGAAGUCUUUGCUUUAUUUUUUUUUGUCAUUUUUGACCUGAUAUACUGAUUUGAAAGUGCGAGGAAAAUAAAAGAAAAGGAAAACGAUGCUGCUCUUUCUUUAGUUGGAGUUGCAAGCUCGGUAUUUACUUGGGACCUCGGCUUUCCGCGCUCUUCUCUUAUACUACCUGGCUUACGGACUGAAUGCACUCGGUGCAUUGGGAGCUUCGGGUCCCAUAUGGCUUGUUACUACAUCGUCAUCAGCUCCACGCACCUCAGCAAUGGUCACUUUCGCAACAUCAAGGGAGUUUUCAGGGGCCCGAUCGGCAAGAAUGGAAACAAGACUCUGGAUUAUGCCAACAAGGAAAAGAAAAUUGCAAAGGCGCUCGAGGACCUGAAGGCCAACUUCUACUGCGAGCUCUGUGACAAGCAGUACCACAAACACCAGGAGUUUGACAACCACAUCAACUCGUACGACCACGCGCACAAGCAGAGACUUAAAGAGCUGAAGCAGAGGGAGUUUGCAAGAAAUGUGGCAUCCAAAUCGAGGAAAGAUGAACGGAAACAGGAGAAAGCACUUAGACGCUUGCACGAGCUGGCUGAACAACGGAAAGAAGUCCAGUGUGCCCCCGGAUGCGGCCCGAUGUUCAAAUCGACCACCGUCGCCGUGGAGACGACCUUCAGGGAAAUUCAGAGCGGAUGCGACCCUGCCAUCACAUGUAGCGUGCCAACAUUUGGAGACCUCGGCUCCAUUGUCUACUCGAGUCCAGAUGGGUCGAUCGAGCAGCCAUUUGGUGGCAAAGUUAAGAAGCACAUCUACAGGCAAAAAGUGGGCUUCUCCUUUUCAUUCACAAAGAAGGCUUCCAUCAAGCUGGAAUCCUCGGCCGCGGUGUUUUCCGAAAAUGCAGAAGAGGUGUCGAGGGAGCUGAGCUUUCGAAAGAGAAAACGGAUUGACUUUGGAGACCACUCACCGCAGAGUGUGGUCCCCUUAGAACGGUUAUUUAACCCCAAAGAGAAAAUGUGCUGCCACAAUGGCCAUCUGGCGAGUGAUGCCACCCACCAAACGUCUAUGCAAUCCUGUGAGUCAAACAGUGCUUCUGUGAAGGACUGCAAUCCGGAGUCAACCUGUUCUGAGAACGAGCUUAUCCACCCUUCUCCCAUCUCUGUUGUGCCAACGAUAAAUGUGGGCGAUGUGAGGGAGGACAAACCAGACUUACUAGAAGGUGAUGUGAUGGAUGUGAGACAGAAUUUACAAGUAGAAGAAGACGUCACGGAAGAAGAAGGAAUACACAAGGGGGAACGUUUCGGCGAAGACGAUAUCGACCUCGUGAGGCCUACCGAGGAGUCUUCUGCUCCCCAGCACAAGGAACAAAGUUCAGAAAACAUUGGAAUACGGGAAGGCGAGUGUUUAGAUGCAGGGAAUUCCAACAUGGCGCUACUAUCUGAAGUGUCCUCUACCCCUCCACAGAAAGAUCCAGAGACUGAACAAAAUCCACGCAUCUUCACAAAGCCCUCUCAGCCUUUCGUUCCCGUUUUGGGUAAAGAUGGGUCAACGGUACUCCAAUGGCCUUCAGAGAUGCUGCUCUUCACGAAAACAGAGCCAUCCUUAUCCUACAGCUGUAAUCCUCUGUAUUUUGAUUUUCGAUUAACACGGAAUAAGAUGGACUCUCCAAAAAAGAAAUGUCAAAUAUGCAAAGCACACGUCCUCCAGACGUCCCAUGAAGAUAGGGGUACCAGACAAGAGGAGAACACAACACCCGAAGACCGGGGCAGAGACACUGGGAUUCCUACUCUUGACCUUACUGACCCUAGUGACAUCCGUGGUCACUCCAUACUCAUCCCGGAAUCUGACGACAAUCAUCUGAAUGAACCCCAGGGUUCAAUCAAAAUAAAACGGCAUAAGAGGUCCAAGAAAUGUCACGAAGCCGGUGAAGAUCAUCAUGAGGAAUUGCAGAAAAGUGGUAGCGGCGAAAAGUGUGAGUGCUGCAGUAAGAGGAGGAGAAAGCGUCGGAAAACAGUGCCCACCAAAGAUGGAGAAGCUGGUCCUGAUGCAGCUGGAGGUGUGACCACCUUGGAAGGCAUUCAUCAGCUGAAUGAGACAGAUCUCAUUUCUGAGGUGAUGAACACUCAUGAGCAGGUAGAGCCUUCCAAAAAUGAGGAAUGUGUGGAUGACACACAUUGGAAUGGACAUAAACAAGAGAAUGUUCUUGUGGAUGCAAUUGACAACCAACAAGGGGCUGCCUUAGUCCUGGAGAAGGAGAAUGCUGAUGGAGAACCGGUGCUGGAAUGCGGUAGAGGAGAUGCACGUACUCCAUCAACCAUGGGCACGAUCUCUGAAAUGCCUGCCGCCUGCGUCAUCGGUGAGUCGGUGGAGCGAACCCACAGGAGACUUGUGCGUACGGCCCGACUCUUAAACAAGAGACAUGCGUCUCACAACGACCACCAGGGAUUCUUCCCGAAACAACGGCUGUAUUCAAGGCUGACCUCUCUGAGCAAAGUGUCCUACCGACUGGUGAGAGCAAGAAGGCAGUGGCAACACCAGAGCACCAUUCUGUCUACCGGUAAGCCAACAAAGAAAAGGAAAAGGAAGAGAAAAGUCUACCUCGGCGGUCAGGGCUUCUUGAUCAGCUGGAGCGUGGACCAUCAUGGCCGCAAUCCCUUGCAGGGUUCUCUCCAGCCGAACCUUUGCAUGGAAAGUACAGAUUCAUUUUCGAGCAACGUCAAGGAGGGCGAAGGAAAACCAGUGAGCCUGGAAAUUACGAAGGAUUUAGUACCAGCGGGCAAACUCCUGAGCCCCUGCCCUCCCCAGAAUUUCCUUGUAGCGACAGAGGGGCAUCCCAUCGUGGGCAUCUUAGACUGGAGCAGGGAAUCGGAAACUUCGCUUGUGGCGAUGAAGCGUGGCGACGUUUCAGGAAUUUCGGCUGAAACAGUCUCCAGUCGAGAGACGGAGCAAAGAGACGGUUGGAAGUUCCCAGACGGUAAUAAGACCCUCAGUAUUUGUCAAGCCCCCAAGAUGGACCCCCCCAAAGCAAAAGACAUUGAGAGGACCCUUUUUAAAGCUCACUGCUGUCGCUACGAAGUAAAGCAGCCGAGGGAGAUGCACAGAUCUGGCGUGGCGCAGAGUGAUUUAUUCCGACAUGGUCUCAAAAGCCCACCUCAUUUACCAUUUCAGGAGGCAAAGCUAAGCCGACACGAUUUCAAACCGGGACGCUUUAGUGCUCCAUUCUUGGCAGCUCCACAGACUUUGUUGUUAUCUCCAGAUCAGCCAGAUGCCUACAAAGCCCUUCAGUUUCUAGGCCACAAGAACUUUUUGCACCAGCAGAGGUUGUCGAGCAGGUUCAAACCGGUCAUCGCCAUCCCGGCCCACGCUGUGUCUUCUCCUACUGUGCAUCCCAUUCAUGUGCAGCCUCCCCUUUCAUCGGCGGCCAUCACCAUUCAGCACACCAUCCUUCAGAACCACAACGCCACUGUAGCUGCCACCUGUUCCUUCUUGCAGCCUCAUCCGGUCCUAUUUCCGCAGGUCUUGCCCCUCUCCAGAGCCCCUCAUCUGCCCUUAAGUGCAAGUAUGUGUCCGGGAAGUCAGUCGCCUUUCAUUCCUGCUUCCCAAAUACCAAUGGUGGCACCAGGGGCACUCCAUCAAGGCCCAGUGACAAUUCAUGCGUUGCCACAUUCGGCCAUCUUUCCACCAUUGUUGCCACCCCAUCCUCCAGUUAUUCCAUUACAGCCAUUAUUUUGAAUAUGUACAUUAAAAAUCACACACACACACACACACUGUAUUGCUUCCAAUUUAAGACGUACCCCCAAUAUAAAAACAGAUUUUCAGAGGAAAAAAAUGACUGGCAUGUACAAAAAUUUCAAAUAAAUAUAUCGGCAUAUUUUCAUGGAAUCAUUUUUAUCGGGCAAGUCAGCCCACUCAAAAUCGCUGUCUACUUCACAAGCUCCACUGCCCACUCACACUUGUUCUUUACAGGCCCACUCACUCCCAAUCACCUUCCCCUUCAAAUGCCUGCCCGUCCACCCAACUUA